GCCGUCCUAUUACAAUUGUAGCGCAGUUCAUAUUACUCUUGCAUUGAUGACUAUAAUCUUACGUCAUGGAACGUAAAAUUUUGUCUUUUUAAAAUGAGAUAAAAUGCUUUUAUGAAUACUGUUAACGUUUUUUUACUUUUUGCUUAUAAUAAAGUACUUAUUUAAAAUAAAAAAUUUGAUUAAAUUUGCAUACUCGAGCCAUACAAGUGCAAGUUUAUCUGUGACGAUUGUCCACGGAUUGUGAUGUCACUGGUUUUUCACCACUUUCAUUUCACGUAGUUGAGCUUGGCAUUUUACAGUUACCCACCUUGACCUUACGCAACGAGCAGUCACUCCAGUCACUAUUUUCACACGCGUGGUGCUGUGGUGGGGUUGCAUACUUGUUGGUGGUGGUUUUCUGUUUUGAGGCUGGCAAACAUUUUAAAAUGUCUCGCAACAUAUCUUUCCUUGCCAAGAAAUUGCGACUUCACAAAGGCUUGAACAUAUCGCCAGUUUCUGGAGUGGUGCACGAUGUGGGAUCCAAGACGAGAAGCCGGGAUGUGCCCUCACGGACCAUGUCUAACGUGUCGAAAACGCCAUCAAUUUCGCCUACCAGCUAUGCUGAUGGCCUCUUCGGGUCACUAGUCAGUGAUCAACAGCUUACUCAGCAAAGCAAUCCAAAUCAAACCGUGACAAAAAAGCCUGAUUGGAAUAGAGCUGUAUCCGAUGCUGAGAAAAUAGUUGGAUAUCCAACAUCAUAUCUCAGCUUGCGUUGUUUGCUGAGUGACGAGAUUUCCAAUAUUGCUGUGCAUGUACGGAAACUAGUUGGCACCAGCCACCCUCUUCUGAAGACUGCGAAGCGGCUGAUCUACAAUGGUCGGAACAAUAUGCAGACCCGCGGGCUGAUUGUGCUGCUCCUCUCCAAGGCUGCCGGUCACAUGAACCCAGAGGAGCUGGAAGUAGCUGAUGAGCAGGACAAGCCAGCUGGAGUGUCACACAGCCAGCGGUCUCUGGCGGAGAUCACGGAGAUGAUCCACACCGCCCAUCUGAUCCAUAAGGGCGUCGUCAACCUCACCCCGUCCGACUUCCCUGACGGCAACACGCUGCAGGACAUGACGUUCGGCAACAAGAUCGCCAUCCUCAGCGGCGACUACCUGCUCUCCAACGCCUGCACCGGUCUCGCCGCCCUCAAAAACUCCAAGGUGGUGGAGCUUAUCAGCACCUCCAUCUCGGAUUUUAUGGAGGCAGAGUUUAUCGGCGUACAGGACACGCAGAGCAACGCCAUCCCGACGAAAAACAUGACCAUGGAGGAGUGGGCGGCGCGCAACUACCUGGCUGCCGGCAGUCUGAUGGCCAAGAGCUGCCAGGCCACCCUGGUGCUAGCCGGGCACUCGGAGGACAUGCAGCAGAAGGGCUUCGAGUUCGGCAAACAGAUCGCCUACUCGUGGCAGGCGCACGCGGACCUGCAGCCGUUCCUGGACCUGUACCGGUGUCCGCCGGGCACCCAGUUCGACCUCUGCUCGGCGCCCGUGCUGCUCCACUGUCAGCAGCACCCGGAGCUGCUUGACUACAUCCAGUCGUGCGGCGACUCCAUCGACAACCUCGACUUCAAGUACCUCCACCAGACCAUCAUGCAGGGUCCCGGAGUGAAGCAGGGCCUGGAGUUGUGUAUGCAGCACGCUCGUAAGGCGCUCGACGUCCUCGCUGACUUUGAGCGCUCGGACGCGCGCGAGGCACUCGAGAACAUCAUCCAUGCCAUCAUGGAGUGCGACUAGACGCCGGCGUGACGUCACUGGUACGUCGGGAUGACGUCACUGGUAAGCGCACAGGCCUCCCGCGCCUGAUGAGGCACUGUGGAGAAAAGGCUGAAAACUAAGCCUUGUAAUUUCUCUAUUUGGAACCGUGCUAGAGGAAUGUUUUUCGGCAAGCAAGUUCGCCGUUUUCAGACCCAUGACGUGGCGGAAGAGGCCAGUUUUCCCAGCGGCUGCUAGCUGCUCCCCGCUGCGGCCGUUUAACUCUGUUGACAUCGGUGAUGGACUAGAGCUUUCUCUCUAUGACGUUAUUGUUUUACCAGAGGACCAAAGCUCUCUGUUGUUAAUCGCCGUCAUCUGCGCGGGACACGUUACCACUGGCAGGAAUCGUUAUACUCCGGCACUGGGCGGAUAUUUCCGGCUGGCUGCCACCGAACAAUAUAGUAUUACUGUGUCAGGUACGGGACGGUCGGAGGGAACAUCUCUCCGGCCUCUCCUAGAGCGCCAGUGUUAGGUUAGGCAGAGCACAAAUUGUUAUGCGACUGGCCGUGUGUCGUCGUAGCAGGAGAGUAUUCUAUUUUUACCGUCGGCUGGGUGAGCCCUCUGUUUUUACGUGUGACUGUUGUCUGUGUGAGUGAGCUGUACUGCCGGUAGCUAGUGGUAGACGCUUCUCCGUGUUUCGCCCAUCUCUGGAGCCUCGGAGCUGAGCCAAUACCUCCCUGCCGUCCACACUCGGCCGGUUCCUCAGAGGAGGCUCCCACGGCCCAGAGCUGGGCCGUUCUGCCCCGCACGAGCGGAACCUCAAUACUCACAGUCGAGCGCGGCUGGCGCGCGCCUCCUCCUUAGCGGCCCUGAGAGCGGCGGCCGCGCGUUUCCGUCCAUGUAUAGCGGACGGCCCCCGUCUCUAAACCGGCGUGCCCCCCCCUCCCUGUCCCCGCCCGGCGCUCGUCAGCGGAACGGGGGAGGGUCCCCUAGUGGGUACUGUUCAGUGCACCGUUUCGCGUAGCGAUGUAGAAUGGUGGUGGACUAUGCAAAAAUAUAUGACAAACUCGUCCUGCG